CGUAGUGUGACGCGGUUGUCCGGCUGAAGAUGGAGCAGCUAAUAGCGAGCAGGAUGGUGUCCGGGCUGGUCAUUAAAAUCAUGCGAAGCAAUGGGGUCAUCCACAAUGCCAGCGUGACGUCCGUUAACCCAGAACGGGCCUCGGUCCAUGUGGAGUGGAAGGAAGCCGAUACAUGUAAAGGGAAGGAGAUCUUGUUUGCUGACAUUGUGGCGGUGAAUCCGGAACUGCUGGAAUCUUCUUAUGAUCCCCCCUGUAAGGAGAAUAUGCCCCCACAGAGGAACAUGUCCACACAGAGUCAAAGACGUAAAACCACCUCUAGAAUUCCUGCACCCCCUAAAGAAGUGACAACACCGAACCCUGUUGUAGCAGAGGGUGCAGCUCAGACAGCCCUGCGAAGCCAUUCUGUCAGGAUGUCCGCCAUUCCCGAGACCCGCUCGGCCGACCUGGAUAUGGAGGUGGAGCCUCUGCCGCUACCAGUUGUACAGCCAGCUGUAAAUACUUCUAUGAGAACGCGAUCCACAAAAUUCAACAGUGUCGCAGAGAGCCGGUUAUUGCCACGAGUGAAUGAAAUAAUGGACGAGUCGGCAAGUGCAAAGGCCAAUCCGGCUCGAAGAAAGUCCAACAUCGUUAAAGAAAUGGAGAAAAUGAAGAAGACAAGGGAAGAAAAGAGAGCUCAGAAUUACGAAAUGAGGACCAAACGUGUGCAGGACUAUGACACCAGCGUACCUAACUGGGAGUUUGGAAAGAUGAUUAAGGAAUUCCGAGCCACCCUGGACUGCCAGCGGAUCAGUAUGACAGAUCUGGCUGAGGAGCAUCGGAUCUGCGUGUGUGUGCGAAAAAGGCCUCUGAACAAGCAAGAGCUGGCCAAGAAGGAGAUUGACAUCAUAUCUGUCCCAAGUAAAAGUCUAGUUCUGGUACAUGAGCCCAAACUCAAAGUGGAUCUGACCAAGUAUCUGGAGAACCAGGCCUUCCGCUUUGAUUACACCUUCGACGAGACGGCCACAAAUGACGUGGUGUACAGGUUCACAGCCCGACCACUGGUCCAAUCCAUAUUUGAAGGAGGGAAGGCCACGUGUUUUGCGUACGGUCAAACAGGAAGUGGAAAAACCCAUACGAUGGGUGGUGACUUCAUGGGGAAAAGUCAGAAUGUGACGAAAGGAAUCUACGCUUCUGCAUCGCGUGACGUCUUCCUACUCCUCUCCCAACCUCGCUACCAGGAUUUGGAUCUGGAAGUGUUUGUGACGUUCUUUGAGAUCUAUAACGGCAAGGUAUUUGAUCUCCUAAACAAAAAGGCGAAACUCCGUGUGCUGGAAGAUGCUAAGCAGGUGGUGCAGGUGGUGGGGUUGAUGGAGCGAGAAGUCACAUGUGCGGAGGAUGUCUUUAAGAUGAUUGAGGUUGGCAGUGCCUGUAGGACUUCUGGUCAGACGUUUGCCAACAGCAGCUCCUCGCGUUCUCACGCCUGCUUACAAAUAAUCCUGCGACGGCGGGGGAAGCUCCACGGCAAGUUUUCCUUGGUAGAUCUGGCUGGGAAUGAGCGAGGUGCCGACACUGCCAGCGCUGACCGCAUAACCCGCAUGGAGGGGGCAGAGAUCAACCGCAGUUUACUUGCCUUAAAGGAAUGCAUCCGUGCAUUGGGGCAGAACAAGGCUCACACCCCAUUCCGGGAGAGUAAACUGACCCAAAUCCUCCGAGAUUCCUUCAUUGGGGAGAACUCCAGGACUUGCAUGAUUGCUAUGUUGUCCCCGGGAUUUAACUCCUGCGAGUACACACUCAACACGCUGAGAUACGCAGACAGGGUGAAGGAACUGAGUCCCCACAGCGCUGAACCUGCAGAUAAUCAUCAUCAGGAGGAGAUGGAGCACAGCGAUAGCUCUCAGUCCUCUAUUGGAGGAUUGGAGUUCCAGGAUGAUCUGUCCCUGAAGGAUGAAGAACUCUCCUCUCAUAUGAGCAGUUUCCAGGAAGCCAUGAGCCAGAUUGGGGAGCUGGAGGAGAAGGCUGUGGAGGAGCUCCGCGACUUUGUGCAGAAAGCUCCGGAACGGGCCACGGAAUGGGCCAAUCUGCUGGAGAUGACGGAGCGGCCAGACUACGACAUGGAGAGUUUUGCGAUUCAGGUGCAAUAUCUCAUCCAGGAGAGCUCCCGGACCUUCAUUUCAUUAGGCGAAAACGUGUCGUCCUUGCUCAUGGCACUGAAUGUGGAGGAACAGGCCAGCCAGCAGAUCUCCAAGAGGCGGCCUCCUAAAUGACUGCACACCGUGUACAGCG